AUGGCUGGAAUGUCUAUAAAUGAUCAAAAUCGUUUGGGUAUGAAUAACAACAAUAAUGCAUAUAGACCACCUGAACGACCGGGACCGGGAGGUGCAACAAAUUUAAAUAAUUUAAAUAAUUUUGAUCAGAGGAACAAUCAACUCAAUCCCCAAAUAUCACAGCCUGGUCAGAAUAUUGUUGGUCAACAUCCAACGCCAGUUAAUAAUCCUGUUCAUAAUAUUGUCAAUCCAAAUCCGAACUUUAUCGGUCGAAUGCCAACUAAUCAUCCUCCAAACUUGACGCCAACACAGAACUUUCCCAGUCAAAUUCCAAAUAAUGCUCAGAACUUUGUUAGACCAAACCCAAUGCCACCUGCUAAUCCUGCUCAAAAAUUUGCAGGUCAAAAUCCAAUGCCAGGCCAAAAUCCAAUGCCAGCUAAUAAUGUGGUUCCGAACUUUGGCAAUCAAAAUACAAUGCCAGUUAAUAAUUUUACGGUUACAAAUAAUUUACCAAAUGCUCCUGGACAAUACCAAGCAUCUAAUUUUACUCAACCACCGCAACAACCAGUUGUUAAUAACUUGAUUCAAAAUGAUCGACCACGAAGUUUUCCACAGACAAAUCAAAAUCCCAUUACUCAUUUCCCUCCUAUACAAUCUGCUCCGGUUCCACAUAUAGGGAAUCAACAAUUCCCUCACGCAAGACCGCCUUUUCAAAAUGGAGGUCAACAAAUCAACAAUACAUCAUUCCUUAGUCCAAACAUCGGUCCAGGUCCAGGUAGAAAUCCAACUGUAAAUGUACAAGGGAUGAAUCCACAAAUUCAACCAAAUCUACUUAAUCAACCUAAUAUUUCUCCAAGGAUUUCUCCAAGAAUUCCUCCUCAAAAUAUUAAUCAAAAUAUGCCUACAAACGUCAUACCAAAUGUCCCAUUAAAUAGU